ACUUUCGUGUGCAGCAGGGAGGCUGUAUUUUGUUGUGAGACGGAGUGGGAGACCCGACAAGACAGUGGCAUUUUUUGUGAAGGGGGGAGGAGACGGAGCGGGAGAUGCGCAGGUGGAGCGCAGAUUGGGCAGUGGUUGCAGGGUAAACAAAAGAGAAGGAAGGGAAGUGGGAGGUUAGGUGGAGCUUCCACCGGCUUCGAGGGCCAUUCAGGGGCAGGUUGGACUGGUUUGUGCCUCCACUGUACCUGGAUUUUGCUUUCAGUCUUUUAGAAGAGCGAGAGACACGGAGGCUGAGGAGAAAGGAAUCGAGGUUUUAGUGGACGUUUCAACGUUUGGCCCGAGAAGGAGUUUUUUUUUUUCAACAUGCCUGAGGACGGAGAAUUUUACGGAAAGCAUGGCGAGCCGAGGAAGUACGAUCCCAGCUUCAAGGGUCCGAUUCACAACAGGGGCUGCACUGACAUAGUGUGCUGCAUCCUUUUCAUCAUUUGCAUACUGGGCUACAUUGCAGUGGGAAUCCUCGCCUGGUCCCAGGGUGACCCCAGGAAGGCCAUCUAUCCCACGGACAGUCGAGGCCAGUUCUGCGGGCAGGCUGGGACGCCACUCGAGAACAAGCGACAGCUGUUCUACUUCAACAUCAUGAAGUGCGCCAGCCCCAUGGUGCUGCUGGAGUUCCAGUGUCCGACCACACAGAUGUGUGUGGAGAAUUGUCCUGACAAGUUCAUGACUUUAGUCAACGCCUACGCCAACCAAAAAGACUUUGACUACUACAAGAAAUUCUGCAAGGAAGGCGUGACUAACUCGAUGAGUAUACCACAAAUCGUUAAAGAAGGCCUCUGUCCUACCAUGCUGUUGCCCAGCAAACCAUUCACCCGUAGGUGCUUCCCAGCUUUGGGCUUGAAAGGAGGCGUGAUAACUGUGGGAAACAGCACCACAUUUUCAGAUGAAACAGGAAAAAUGAGAGAUGCGAAGGAUCUCCUGGACGGAGUGAAAAAUGCCACGGUGGUGAUUGAGGCACGUCAGGUGGUGAUGAAGAUCUUUGAGGACUACACACAGUCCUGGUACUGGAUCCUCAUAGGCUUGGUUAUUGCCAUGCUCACCAGCCUGCUCUUCAUCGUCCUCCUGCGCUUCCUGGCAGGAAUCAUGGUCUGGGUCAUAAUCGCCAUGGUGAUACUGGUGAUAGGAUACGGUAUCUUCCACUGCUACAUGGAGUACGCUGACCUGAAAGGAGAACCGGGCGCAAACGUGACCAUUCAGGAGCUGGGCUUCCAGACAGACUUCACCAUCUACCUGCAGAUUAGGCAGACGUGGCUGGCCUUCAUGAUUAUCCUGGCCAUCGUGGAGGUCAUCAUCAUCCUGCUGCUCAUCUUCCUCAGGAAGAGGAUCCUCAUUGCCAUCGCUCUCAUCAAAGAGGCCAGCAGAGCCAUUGGACAUGUGAUGUCUUCUCUUUUCUACCCACUGUUCACGUUUUUGCUCCUGGCCAUUGUCAUCGCCUACUGGGCAGUUACUGCUGUUUUCUUGUCUACCUCCAACGAGCCCAUCUACAAAGUGUUCAACGAGACUGUGUGCCCACACUCGAGAGAAACGUGCGACCCAGCUAACUACACGCAGAGCCUCAUGAAAAAGACCUGCCCCGAGUCCGAGUGCCUUUUCGCCUUCUACGGCGGGGAGACCGUUUACCACAAAUACCUGAUCGCCCUGCAGUUCUACAACGUGUUCCUCUUCUUCUGGUGCGCCAACUUUGUCACGGCUCUGGGGCAGAUGACCUUAGCCGGAGCCUUUGCCUCUUACUACUGGGCCUUAGUCAAGCCAAACGACAUGCCUUCCGCCCCAGUGUUCGCCUCCCUGGGCAGAUCUCUCAGGUAUCACACAGGCAGCCUGGCGUUCGGCUCCCUCAUCCUCUCAAUCAUUCAGAUCAUCAGGGUUUUGCUGGAGUAUGUGGAUCACAAGCUGAAAGGUGCACAGAGUAAGCCUGCCAAGUUCCUCUUGUGCUGUUUGAAGUGCUGCUUCUGGUGUCUGGAGAAGUUCAUCAAGUUCCUGAACAGAAAUGCCUACAUCAUGGUGGCGAUAUAUGGCAAAAGCUUUUGUACCUCUGCCAAAGAUGCCUUUAUGCUCCUCAUGAGGAACAUGAUCAGGGUUGCCGUCUUGGAUAAAGUGACAGAUUUCCUCUUAUUUUUGGGCAAACUGCUCAUCGUUGGGCUCGUCGGGAUCUUUGCCUUCUUUUUCUUCUCUGGAAGAGUCAAAGCCUUUGAGAAUACAGCUCCACACCUCCACUACUACUGGGUUCCCAUCCUGACUUUAGUGAUCGGCACGUACCUCAUCGCCCACGGAUUCUUCAGCGUCUACGCCAUGUGUGUGGACACGCUCUUCCUCUGUUUCUGCGAAGACCUGGAACGCAACGAUGGUUCUGCCGCCAGGCCUUUUUACAUGUCGUCAACUCUCCGUGAGAUUCUGUGGAAGAACAAGGACGAGGACGCGUCCACUCAGCAAAUGAACGAUGAAGACGCCCGGCUAAAGGAACCGCAGACUGAGGAAGAGGACGCAGGAGGAGUUUGAAUCGCGGUUCUAAAUCAAGAGCUGGACCUUUGUCUUUACAAAGUCCACAGAUUAUAGCGCAACUACAGAACACCAUGCCUUAAGUAGCAGGGAAUCAGUACACUUAAGCAAGUGGAUGUAGGAGUUAUGGACUGAAUUAAAAAGACUUUUUCAAAGUACAUAUGUUCAGUUGUACCCUUCAACAUGAAGGGAACUGGAAGCUAAGAUGUUCACUGUUUGCUAAACCUCUCCUCCCGAAUUGUCCAGGUUUAGCUUAGCUUUCAAAUUUUGGAUUAAGCUGUGUGUUUAUUUGCAGAAUUAACAGUUAAAUGGUCUAAUUCAAAAACUGAGAUGAACGACUAGCAAACCGUUAUACGACUCAGUUGUCGCUCCAGGUAGCAAUGCCCCAUCCAGGAAGCCAGACAAGAAGCUUCCCCGACCUAUAAAUGUUUUUUUUGGUGGGAACUAAUUCCUCACUGGAAACUUCACCAAAGUUACCACAAUUAGUUCCCAGCAGAAAACCGUUCCGUGCCAAUAAUCUGCCGGGAUAGCUGACAUCAUUGACCUCCUUAGACCCGGCGUCCUCAUAUGGGGACAUUAUGUUUUAGGUUUGUGGCAGCUUAUUCUGCUUCAUUUAGACUUUUGUCUGCCAUAUACUGGUAGUGAAAGGUCAAUACACUUGUUUAUUUAUACUUAUUAACUUUUCUAGUUUGAUAUGACAUGAGGAAUUAACAAAUUUACAAGUACACGUUUGAGGACGUUGGGAUUUAAUAAUUUACAACUUUCCUUUUGCAUGAAUAAUAAUAUUUUGGUUCACAUUGGUGACUUAAAUUGUAAUACCCAGUGAAAUAAUCUGUGUGUGUGUGUGUGUAUAUAUAUAUAUAUACACACACACACACACAAGAUUCAGGGAGCAGAGAAGUAACACAGACAUAAUCAUCUAAGCGCAGUGUGGUUGGAAAUGACUGCCAUCUUAGAAACAAGCUCUUUAGAGUCUGCUGUGGCAUCUGUUGUGAAAUAAGCGAUUAAGACAUUUGUAGAGAACGUCUUAAUCUCUUAACAUCACAUACUCCAUUUGUUUUCCCUCCAGAAGACAUCUUGAGGGAAAAGGUUAAUUACAUUUGAAGUGGGAAGUUCUCAACUGGAGCAUCCCCACAAGUUGGAUUUUUAACCAGCCAUUGAACUUUGAAUCACACAGUAAACGUACACUUUGGACAUGAAUACACCAAAGGUUGUCCUAGAGGCGUACACUUUUCCGGUCUUUUUUUCUUUCCCAGGGAAACUGACGUCAGCACCACUGGAGCACUUAAUGCACCUCAACCAUCUUUUCAAACAUCUGCACUUUCCCUGGUGUGACAAAUCCAGAUGUUUGAAAGAGUCUAAUGGUUGUAACCAAAAGGGAGAGGGGGCGGGGCUUUGCAAACAGUCAACUGAAUCACUAGCAUGCAUCUGGGAAUGCGCUUUGAACUGUGCAUGAUAAAUGUGACUAAACGAGGAAAAUGUGAACAUUAGAAAAAUGACUCACUCUGCAGUUAACUGACAUUUCUUAUCUCGGCUGUUGCCUUUUUCUAAUAUUUCCUACCACUUGACAACAGAAACUUGAAGCCGACCAUGUGCCUAACGAACGGUUAUCGUUGGUCUUUUUGCACAAUUAAAAGUUGUUUACAGUCAGAAUGAUUAUACGUUUCACUAUGGACGUGAGCUCAGUAAAGCUCUUUAAUUUGUGUUCACACUAAGCCAUGAAAACUUUCAGCUCUUUACAGCAUAGGUCAUCAACAGGAGGUCCACGGCCCCUAGUGGGUCCGUGGAGGUACUGCAGGGGCGGGGUCGCAAAAUAUUUGGUUGAUUAGACAUUUUCUAUAUAUAUUUUUGAAAUUCUCCCCCACAAGUGAAAUGAAAAUCGUGAAAAAGUGAAAAUCGGAACCUGAAAUUGAAC